GACUCCCUGAAAGCCCACCUCCUUCCGUGACUCCCGGGUCUACGGACCAAUCAGUAAAGGUCACUAGUAUUUUGCCAAUCGGGACGCGUCUGGCGCUGUGAUGUCUUCCGGAGGCAAUCCUUUUUGAAGUCCCGCCUCUUCCCCCCAGCGCUGCGUUUUCUGUCACGUGAUCGCCAAAUGGGCGGGCACUGUUGCGUGUGAUACCCCGUGAUAUGGGAAAAGCAGUGUGCGGGGGCCGCCAUUUUCUGGGAGUGGGAGGUGUACCUUACUUCCUGACUCCCUUCCCUUUUCCACCGGUUAUCACGGCGCCCACCGGCUUCUGAUCUCUGAGUCUUCUCCAACCCACAGACGUUUUUGUUGCUCUGGUUCCGGGACCUUCUCCACAACUAGGCCGUUUUUCCUGCCAGGUGUCCAUUUUGACCUCUUGACCUCUGACUCAAAGGUCAGCCCAAAGGUUCCAAACUCGGGCCUGGGAUGUGAGGGGGUAGUGAACCUAAGUUCUCCGAAUCUUUAGCCCUGGGCUCCUAAGUCGCACCCUUAAGGCACCUCACUUUAGGUCUGAGCCUUCAUAUCCCAAACUUACUCAUGUGUUUCCACAUCUAGCCCCAAAGAAUGAGUUAACUCCUACUGACUGUCCACCUAAGACUCCCAAGGUAACCCAACCGGUACCACAGAUCCGGUUCCGGAUUUAAGGACCCCACCCUGUUAACUGUCAGGUGCCUUAUGACUUGAGUCACCCUCAAUUCCUGCUCCCAUGGUUUCAAAUAUUAGCUGUGGUCCUUUCACACCCACUGCUCAGCCCCCAGAUUCUGGAACUCAGCUCGUAAAUUUUUUAAAUUUCCAUCCCUGAGACUGUUCUCCGUUGGAGGAUCCUUCCCUCCCCACCUUCUGAACCUCUCAGCCCCUCCUGUAGACCCCAAAAUGACUUCUCCAUGCUCUCCUCCCGUAAAGCCACCAAUCCCUCCUCCAAGAACCCCUGUACCCCAAGCCAGCAGCAUUCCAUCUCCUUCUCUACCCCCAAGUCCCCUGGACUUUUUAGCUAUACCAUCCCCUCCCUGGAGUCAGCAGACCGCUGUUCCCCCACCGCCCCCACUGCCUCCUCCACCCGCUGCCACGGGGCCUGCUCCCCCUCAUGUCUUCGGCCUGGAGAAGAGCCAGCUCCUGAAGGAGGCCUUGGAGAAGGCUGGCCCGGUUCCCAAGGGCAGAGAAGACGUGAAGAGGCUCCUGAAACUGCACAAGGACCGGUUCCGAGGUGACCUGCGGUGGAUCCUCUUCUGUGCAGACCUGCCGUCCCUCAUCCAAGAAGGCCCUCAAUGCGGGCUGGUGGCCUUGUGGAUGGCAGGUACUCUCCUGUCGCCCCCCAGUGGCGUCCCCCUGGAGAGACUCGUGCAGGUGGCCACGGAAAGAGGCUACACGGCCCAGGGAGAGAUGUUCUCAGCACCAGCUACGACGAAGACUUCAACCAUGAGCCGUGUCAGAGGAAGGGCCACAAGGCCCACUGGGCAGUGAGCGCAGGGGUCCUGCUGGGUGUUCGGGCUGUGCCCAGUCUCGGCUACACUGAGGACCCUGAGCUGCCGGGCCUGUUCCACCCAGUGCUGGGCACGCCCUGCCAGCCACCAUCCCUGCCAGAGGAGGGCUCCCCGGGAGCUGUCUACCUGCUGUCCAAGCAGGGCAAGAGUUGGCACUAUCAGCUGUGGGACUACGACCAAGUCCGGGACAGCAACCUGCAGCUGAUGGACUUCUCACCCUCGCGGGCCACCGAUGGCCGGGUGUACGUGGUGCCCGUGGGUGGGGUGCGGGCUGGCCUCUGUGGCCAGGCCUUGCUCCUCACACCGCAAGACUGCAGUCAUUAGCUGGGGCUGUGGUCCCGGGCUGCAGCCUAGCUCGCUCACCAUUUCAAGUGUGCCCCCACUUCUCCCUCUGUGUGAUGGCCCCAAGGUUUAAGCUGGGUCUCAAGGGCCUCCAGCCCAGGGAUCCUUCAUCAGGGCCACCCCCACUCCAUCUCUCCCAAGCCUGGGCAUCGUCCCAACCCCAGGCCCACCCCCUGCAGUAUUGAGCACCAGCUGGUCCCUCUAGGGAGAGACUGACGACAGCCCAGACCCUGCGGCCUGCCUCUCCCAUCUGAAUGUUGCAUCCGUUUCUUACUAGGGACCGCCUCUGUCACCUCACGAGACAUCUAAGGAGCCUGGGCCCUCUGCUGCUCACAGGACAGGGACACUGAACUGCGCCAGCCUCAGCUCACCCCCCCUUAGCCCAGUCUCUUCCUCACACUUGCCACCUACCAGUCAUACUGGCCUUUCAGAUCCCUGAAGUGUUGUUCAAAUCCCCAGACCAUUGAGGCCCACCCCAGCCCUCUGCUGAGGAUCAUUCCGUAACUUCUCCAUCGAGGCUCAGGUAUCACUACCUCAGGGAAGAGUCCCCAGCCCCAGUCAAGACACCCCCCGCCCCCGGAACCUCAUAUCUUCACAGUUUUAAAGCCCAUCUGGGAGCAGUUACCUGUGCCAGCCCCUCUACCUGUGUUAGCAGGUCUGACAACCUUGUAAGGGGGGUGCUAGAUGGACCCGAUUUGACAGAUGGCAAGACAGGCCUGGAGAAGUAGAAUCGCUGGCCUGAGGUCACAUGACUAGCACGUGGCAGGGUCAGGAUGCAAGCUAGGUAGUUAGUGUCUCUCAGCCAGGCUGUCUCCUGGCUCCCUGAACAUGAUGGUGCUGACCACAAACUUUCCUGUCCACCCAUAUAAACUAGUGAGUGUGUGUGAUUACUAGCUUCGUGAAUACCUGACCUCUCCACUCUGAAGUAGGAGGAACAGGCCUGUCUGGAUCACUUCUCUGUCCCUAACCAAGCCUGUGUCAUUUAGGGAAACUGCACAGAGCAGUGUUGCCUUUUUUUUUUUUUCUGAGAUGGAGUCUCAUUCUGUCAUCCAGGCUGGAGUGCAGUGGCGUGAUCUCGGCUCACUCCAGCCUCCACUUCCCAGGUUCAAGUGAUUCUCCUGCCUCAGCCCCCAAGUAGCUGGGAUUACAGGCAUGCACCACGAUGCCUCGCCAACUUUUUGUAUUUUUAGUAGAGACAGGGCUUUGCCAUGUUGGCCAGGCUGGUCUCGAACUCCUGACCUCAACUGAUCUACCCGCCUCGGCCUCCCAAAGUGCUGGGAUGACAGGUGUAAGCCACUGCGCCAAGCCACAGUGCAAUAUUUCUAACCAGUGAUCAGGGUAAAGAGGAUGCGUGUCCACCAUCCCAGCCCUGAGCAGCCUGCCUGUGCAUCCCCCAUCCCAGCCAGGGCUUGGAGCAGCCUUGGUCACUACUGUGUCCCCUGCAUUGUAACACAUCCAGGCACAAGAAUAGCCGCCCAGUGAGUGCCAAGUGAGUGAAACAGCCUGCUUGGAGCCUGCCUCUUUCCCAAACUGCUCAUUAUCCUGUUACCCCACCCAGCCCAAGUGCCCAAAUACACUCCAGAUGCAAAAUAAAAAGCUCUACAACAUUG